CCUGGUGAUUACUGAUAACAAAUGACAGAUUGAAAGAGAAACGACUUCCCAUUCAAAACAAUGGUAUUGGUUUGUAUUCCUGGUAAAAGUGCUGAGUGCUAGGAGUCAUGUCCACUUCUACUUCUUGGGUGAAUUAUUUUAAUUAAUAAAUAUGCAGAUGUUGGAUAAAAUGGGAUGUCCGGUUACCACACACUUGACUAUCAGUGUAAUCUGAUCCGUGUUUACAGCAGAUGUCGUGCCAGUGCUCAGUGAGUUGUGUCAUUCAGCGUUUGUGGUGGCCAACAAUCACACCAUGUUCCUCUUUGCAAAUUAUACUUUUUUCUGUGUUUGCCUCGAGCUGUCAUCCUUUUCUGAGACUUGUCUGGCGUUUCCACAAUUCAUAUGUUUACAGUGUUGUCGACUAAAGCACCAGCAACCGGACAUCGAAGGAUGUACCUCCCUGUAACUUUAUGAAAAAUGAAAACUUGCAGCAAGUCCCCUGCAAUGCUCCUGAUUUACAUCAUGUUACUCCCAGUUCUUGAGGCACAAGAACUCAAAAUGCAGCCUGAAGUGACGGGAUACCUCGGAGAGGAGGUCACCCUGCGAUGCCAAUUCAUCCCGGGACCAAAAGAUGACAUCAUCUCUCAGGUUGAGUGGGAGCUGAAGACACCAGCAGGAGAGGAAAUCACCAUCAUUGUUUCUAGUGUGGUGUCAGGCAUUAGUGUCCACAACAGUUCUCUGAAGGAGAGAGUGAAGAUUGCAGAACAAUCUUUGAUAAUUGGAUAUGUGGAAAAGGGAGAUGCAGGGUGGUACACCUGCAGCGUUGCAGCCUUUCCCAGCGGAUCAUUUGAAGGAACCACCCAACUUAUUGUUCAAGAACAGAAGCCGCUAUCUGCAGGGACGGUGUCUGCUAUAGUGAUCGCCGUCAUGCUGCUGUUAGGCAUCGUGGCUGCCAUUGUUUACUUCAUCUUCAUCAGAAAACGUGAUCAGAAGGUCAUACACCGUGUCUACAUUGAUACAGACGGUCCGGUGAUGGAUGUGUCGCGGCAAUCUGUUCUCAAAAGAGACGUGGAUGUGGUGUACUCUGACGUCAGGCUGAAAACAUUCAGAGAUGCUCCGCCCGACGAGGAGCACACGGCGGACGACGUCACGUACGCCGAGGUCGUAGUUGUGCGCCAUCAGCUCCAAUGAACACGAGAUGGAUGUCUUUCUUCUACUUGCAAUAAUCUGAAAGAUGCUGGAUACAAGUUGUAUUUAUAUAUUUAUAUCAGCUUCUAAAGUAAAACCUGCUCCAUGGCUUCAAAUCAUCCUCUCAUUUUCCACUUUAGCCUCAAAGCAGGCGAUGUAGUUUAAAGGAAAUGUAGUACGUUUUUCUCUGAUAGGAACCUUUUCUCUAUGUGGAGAUAUUAAGUGAUGAAAAGAUCAGUAUUUUAAAGUAGCCGGGGUUGUAUCAUUUACCCGACACUAGCGAAACAUUACCGUCUUUUGUGGUUCACCUAGCUUUUAAAGUAUAAUAAAUAAACUCUGUUACAAGCUACACAUCAUAUGGAGAAAGCCAAAUAUCCUUCACAGAAGUGCCUUGUUACCACAUUUCCAUCAAAAUCUGCCAUUUCCCUUCAGUUGCGUCUGUCUUGGCCCUGUACCCGAGUUAACCGUGCUCUUAAAGAGGCGCUAUGCUUUAUGGGGUUUCCCUUUCCUGUAGCGUGUUAUAAAGCGUGCAUGUAAAUGGUCUGCAGAGCCUAAAAUCCCUGUUUUCCCUCCAGACGGAGUUUCUCUCCAACUGCCUCCAUUGGACUCCUUUGUUUACUUCAGUGACAUCACCAUGUAACAGUUGCAUACCGAUUAGCUUACGCACCAGCACAUUGUACGUGAUAAGCUAAGGGGCGGGACAAUAUCUAAGCAGUUAACCAAACACAACAGAGCCGGCCAUCGGACCAAUCAGAGCAGACUGGGCUCUGGUUUCAGACAGAGGGUGAAAAGAGGUGCUGCAGCACAGGCAGUAUGAGGAAAAUAAAGAGCUUUUUGAACAUUAAAGCGUGGAGACAUAAAAUACAUAAAUACAUAAAUACAUAAAAUACACAUAUGAAACCUCUAAAUUAGCAUAACAGGCCCCUUUAAUGUGUAUGUAUUUAAUAGAAGCAAAAUGUUGGAUUCUCUCCCUCUUGCAAAUCAAGUGUUGCUCAAAAAGAAUAAUUAUUUUGAAAUUUAAACUCCACUAAUAUUAUUUUGUCGACAUGUUUCCUGCCAUUUGGUUUCAUAUAUAUAUAUAACAGGUAGGAAUGGUAGAAACCAGCAUGUCAGCGAGGUAAAUAACGUUUUACUUUGCCGUGCCGCACAGUAGAGAAACACUCAAACUGUGCCGAGUCGGCUACAGCAGUCACGGUAGAUUUCAUUACACAAAGUUCCUAUUCCACCUUUUGGUGACCAUCAAAGACGGAAGACAAAAACAGGAAGAAAAAAAGUGGAGAAUUACACAAUAAAAAAAGGAGAACCAACACAGACACACUGGUGCGUCUGGUGGUUGCUUGUUUCAGCAAAAUAAUUUACUUUUAAAAUGGCAUUUCUUUGGGAUUCACCUUAAUUGACGUCGUAAUGUUUAGAUACUAUGUGUGCCUCUUGCUUUAAUCCAGUGACGAGCCAGUGUUGCUAUGAAUCAGAGAGGAAGGCUGCAUUAUUUUCUUAAUGCUGCCCAUUUUACAAACCAAGAAUAUAAUUUAAAGAACAUUUGCUUGAUAUAUUCAAAUUGCACAGAUACUGAUAACACUUGUUUUACUAACCCCGCCCAGUAUUCUGUCUGCUGAGAUUUUGAAUGUGAGGAUGCUGUUCACAGAUGUAGCAGACUUUGCAGGCGUUUUGUAAGAAGGUGACAAAACUAUGGUUUGAAAAAUGUCUGUACUGAUUCACACCAUCACUGAGCAUCUCCAACCGUCACUAUGGGAACAUGCCGAGUGAUCAGCUGCACUUCCUGACUCAUUUUUUGGGUGUGAGAUUGCUCGUUCUUACAAAACAUGUGAAAACAGAACCAGUUGUUUGUAGUGUGUGAGAAAAAGGGCUUGUUUAACUGUUCAGUGUUGUUCCAUUUAGUUUACAUUGAAAGGGAUUGCACCUUAAGAACAGUCAGUGUAAUGCAUUGCCUUUUGCAGGUAACAAUGUAGAGGAACAGGGCAACAGUUCUGUGAAUUGUCUCUCUUAGUUUUUACCGUUUGAUAAACCUGUAAAUGUUCAGACUUCAUAAAAGGAAGUGGUUUUUCAUUUUUUUGUGAUGUACAAAAUUCUGUUAUGGCAGGAAACAGAUAAGACAGUAAGAUAGGGAGUGCGUUAUGAAAGUAUUUCCACAGCAGUCAUCAUAUUUCUUAAGAUAAAAACACAUGCAGCCACGUCGCAAAGUCUAAUAAUUGACAAUGUGGAAGGAAUAACGUGCAGUUUGAUGCUUUCUUGCUUAAAAAAAAGGUAUUUUAUCCAAAUGCUCUUUGGGGUCAAUAGUCUAAUUCUGUGGUUGUCUUAACGGUCGCGUCACUUCUCUCUAUGAUCGUUUUUUUGUCAUAUUCUCAUCUCCCUUUCGACUGGUCUGCACUUGUUGAUGAAACUGAUAUUGAUGAAACUGAUUUGCUCGACUGUCUCUCCAAUUGUAAUGAUUGUAAUGGUUGUAUGUAUUACUUGAACUUUACUUAACAGGCUGUACGUGGUUUGUCUUGUGUGUCAUGUUUUGUCUUUUUGUUUAUGUAUGUCUGUAAGUUGUUGCUAUUGUCGGGACCCCCCUUGAAAACGAGAUGGUGCAUCUCAAGGGGUUUAUCCCAAUAAAUAAAAUGUCUAUAUAUAGAGACAGCAAUAAAUGUUUAAUGUUGUCAUUUUGAAGUGCCUGUGUGUGUGGGGCUUCAUGAUAAGGACUUGACAUUCUGUAUGUUGUGAUUGUUGAGAAAAUAAACUGAUUUAGAGAGUCUUAAUGUGAGACUUUAGGCCAUGAUGUGUUAAAAUGAUCGUGUGUGUGCAUGCAAGGGUUCUGUGAAUACGGUGCAUGUGUUAAAUGGGUAAUAAUAAACUUUAACACAGUAACGGUA